AUGUCGCAGCCUCUGCUCGAGUCCCAGGUGGGGUCCAAUGGAACAGCGGACCAGAGCUUAUCAAACGCUGGAAAUCUUUGGCGCGAGGGGGAGACGAAGGUGCUCUUGGAAUAUUACACACUCUACUCCCACCAGAUCGGACCCAUGAAAAAGUUUCGUACAAAAAAGGCCAUGUACGACAUGAUUGCUUCAAAAAUGAGGGAGCUGCUUGGAACAACGAGAACAGGCACCCAAUGCGAGACACGCUUCAAGACCCUAAUGAGGAAGAAGAAAAACCAAGUCGUUAAUAACAGAAAGUCCGGCUCCACAAGGUGCGCCGUCCAGUACGAACAAGAGUUUGCUGCAAUUGCAAGUUUUGACGACAGUGUGGAGCCCGAGGUGAUGAGAGGGGUAAGGAGCGUCAUCUACAAAGAGAGGGCGGCUGUUGGUGCUACGACCAGUGCACAUGUUGCAUCGGUGGGACCCGAUGAGCCCUCAGGAUCGACAGCAUCAACUCCCAGCCACAGGGAGGAAGCUCCUAGAAGGGCCAGUGAGAAACGACAAAAUGCAGCAGAUCGGUCACUUCGACCAAGUACCAACAGAAUGAGGCCUAUGAAUGUAUUUUUUGAAAAGAUGGCAGAGCUGCAGAAGGAGAAAGAAAUGAAGAAAGACGAAAGAGAAAAGGCGGCAGCAGCAAGAGAAGCAAGAAAAGAUCAGCGCCACCAGGAACUGCUGAGUGCCCAUCGAGAACACAUCGCAGCAAUAAACAGGCUGCUGGAGUGCAGCGAAGAGCCCGCUCACGUGGAUCAUUGA